AUGGAUGGAUGGUUGUAUGCUCCAGCUGGCCAACGAAUCAUUAAAGUUGCCGUUGAGGCAUUAAAGUUGCCCCUGAGGCCUCUAAUUCAAAAGAAGCACACCGUAGUUGAAAGCAGCCCUAUUGCAGGCAGCCAGGUCAGAGGGGAAAAGAGGGAUGCCACCGUCUGCAAACAGUAUGCAGCGCAUUUGGUAAAAUGGGUUUAUGCAUGUGUAUUUCUCUGUUUCUCCGUUUGGAAGGUGAAUUGCUUGGUCAUACUGAGAAGAUUGCAUGGGGCCAGAUGGGUGAGGCUGAGUGGAUCGGAAGUUUGGGAUGAUGGGAGGGGGAGGGAACGUUAUGGCAUUCUCCACACCCGUGUGCUCCUCAAUCGUACCUUAAUCAAGGCCAGGGAAUGGCAGCAAGAAGAUGAUGAGGGGAGGAAAGGAAGAGAGCAUCCUGACCAAAGCUCUAUUAAAUUGCUCCUUGAAUACGCUUCUCGUCGUUUGUCCAUUGUUGAUAUGUCCAGCUCAUUUGUGCCACUGCUUGCAAUCCUGUUAUCUAUGCUCGUCCCAUCACCCAUUUAG